AUGGACACGAUUUUGAAACAUAUCGACAACCUUCUUGGUUCUUCAGAGACCAGUGCCGAUAAGCCUGGGAGGGCCACCUGGACAAUUUCUACGCAAAAAUCGGGUGGUCAUAUAGAUGAUGAGGACUUGUGGGAAGAGAGCGAAACAGUGAACGCGGACUCUGUGUUGGCCCUCUUUGCCCGUCAAGGAGUCUCAUCGCGCCCGACUUCAACGAUCUCGUAUUUCUCUGACUUGCACAGAAAGUCUGAUUCAGAUCAUCUAGUGCAGUCCCUACUGCAAAUCCUGUCGUCCAUUCGAACAAAUGACGAAAUCUCCAACGAACUGACCGAAUUGUUGGGAUUCGAUGAGAUCGAAACGAUAGUGAAGAUACUAGACAAUCGUUAUGCCGUUGUGGAGGAGCUUUCUGCCAACCGAGCAUCCGAAACUACCGUCACACCUCCCAACCGACACGGAGAUGCCAGUCUUGCUAAGGGUGCCUUCUCAUACCAGGGUGCUCAAGAGCGAAUGCAACAACAAUUCAGAGAAAAUGCAUCUCGACCACUGUUCAGCGGGAUAGCGGAGGCUGCUCCUGAAGUUCUUCCGCAUGUUUAUUCGUCGAGCAGUAUGGCGCAAGGAAGUGUCCUGUCCCAAUUUGGGAGCAAGUAUAUGCUGCCAAUGGGGACAGCCCGAGAAAUGCAUGAGGCGUACGAGGAGGUCACCAUUCCACCAGCGAAUCCGGUCCCGCCCAAGGAGACUGAGCGUUUGAUUCCAAUCUCAGAACUUGACGACAUAGUGAAAGGGAGCCUCUCUGGUUACACAAGCCUUAAUCGAAUACAGUCCAUCGUUUAUCCGACAGCUUACGGUUCAAACGAGAACUUACUUAUAUGUGCUCCAACUGGUGCAGGAAAAACAGAUGUGGCCAUGUUGACUAUUCUUCGAGUACUAGAUCAACACAGGCUUCCAUCCAAUCCUAUGUUUCAAACCAGCCAUCCCCGUCAAACCAUCGAUAGAAAUGCAUUCAAAAUUAUAUAUGUCGCGCCAAUGAAAGCACUGGCAGCAGAAAUAGUACGAAAACUUGGCAAACGGCUUCAGUGGCUGGCAAUAGAGGUGCGAGAACUGACAGGCGACAUGCAAAUGACCAAGGUCGAAAUAGCCAAAACACAAAUCAUCGUAACGACGCCAGAGAAAUGGGACGUAGUUACACGAAAGCCAACCGGAGAGGGGGAAAUCGCGUCGAGUAUCAAGCUCUUGAUCAUCGACGAAAUUCAUUUGUUGAAUGAAGAACGUGGGGCAGUAAUCGAAACCAUUGUUGCAAGAACUUUGCGCCAGGUUGAAUCGAGUCAAUCAAUGAUCAGAAUCGUUGGCUUGAGUGCCACGCUCCCGAAUUAUCGGGAUGUCGCCGAGUUCCUGAGGAAACCCAGUGUUUCACGUUACAAAGGGCUUUUCUACUUCGAUGCUUCGUUUCGACCAAUCCCACUAGAACAGCACUUCCUAGGUAUCAAGGGAAAAGCGGGUAGCGCACAAUCCCGCAAGAAUUUCGAUGAUGUUACUUUCCAGAAGGUAUCGCAGCUCGUAGCUGAAGGUCAUCAAGUCAUGGUCUUCGUCCACGCUCGGAAGGAGACCGUGAAAAGCGCCAUGGCGUUGCGCGACAUGACUGUUUUGGAAGGGGUUACCGAGAACUUCAGCUGCGAGGAUCAUCCCCAGUUCAGCUUCUUCCGUCAGAGGAUCGGAAUGCUUCGUUCUGAUCGGAAUCUUAUGGAAAAGAUGUUUGCUGAGAGGGCGAUCAAGGUUCUAUGCUGCACAGCCACACUUGCUUGGGGUGUAAAUUUGCCUGCUCAUGCAGUCGUCAUCAAGGGGACUCAAGUCUAUGAUAGUUCGAAAGGGAAGUUCGUAGAUCUAUCCGUGCUCGAUGUGUUGCAAAUCUUUGGUCGCGCUGGUCGACCUGGAAUGGAGACCAGUGGCGAAGGUUACAUCUGCACCACAGAAGAUAAACUCACUCAUUAUCUUGACGCCGUCACGUCUCAGAUUCCAAUAGAGUCGCAGUUCCAGGCUGGCAUGAUCGACUCGUUGAAUGCAGAAAUUGCUCUCGGAACUGUUUCAACUACCAGAGAUGCUGUCCAGUGGUUAGGGUAUACAUAUCUUUUCGUUAGAAUGCGGAUGAAUCCUUUCGUCUACGGCAUAACUGGGGAUGCUGUUCAAGAUGAUCCUCGCCUUGGCGGAAAACGAAAUGAGUUGGUUGCUCAAGCAUCAAGAACGCUUGCUGCAACGAAGAUGGUCACUUACGACUCCACGAAUGGCCAGUACCGGAUUACUGAGCUUGGAAGGAUUGCAGCAAGAUAUUACAUACGAUAUCAAUCAGUCGAAAUCUUCAACAGGGAAUUUCGCCCCAGGAUGUCAGAGGCGGAUGUUCUGGGAAUGCUCAGUCAAAGCACAGAGUUUGAUCAGAUACAAGUACGCGAAAACGAGAUAAAAGAAUUGGAAGAAAUUAUGGCGCGAGUUCCAUGUGAAGUCAAGGGAGGCACGGAUACGAGUGUAGGGAAAGUAAACAUUCUGCUGCAAGGGUUCAUAUCAAGAGAAAUCGUAGAAGACUUCGCUCUGGUUUCUGAUAUGGCGUAUGCUGCUCAAAAUGGGGGUCGUAUCGCCCGAGCACUCUUGGAGAUAGCCAUUAGCAAGAAAUGGGCCAAUGUCACCUCGGUUUUGAUGGGAAUAAGCAAGGCCAUCGAAACCCGUCUUUGGCCUUUCGACCACCCCCUAAAACAGUUUCCUCUGAAACCGGAUACACUGUAUGCCCUAGAAAAGUGGGCAGAUGAUAUAUCUGUCUCUCAGAUAGCGGAUCUUGACGCGGCUGCUAUGGGAAAACUAGUACGCCUUAAUGAAGCACAUGGCCAGGCAAUUGUCAAUGCAGCAAAACAAUUCCCAACUGUACACAUUACUUGCAAUCUGCAACCCAUCGCAUCCGAUGUCCUGAAGAUUUGUCUGAAAGUCAAGCGGGCGUUUGAAUGGAAUACCAAGGCUCAUGGCACAAGCGAACCAUUCUGGCUUUGGGUCGAGGACCAGGACGGUUCUAAUAUCCUCCAGCUCUCGCACAUCACCUUCUAUCAAACAACCGACGUUCUCCGAGUCGACUUCUUUAUCCCUACUCCCGAUGGCCAGCCUCCAGAGUUUGUCACAGUGAAAGCUAUUUCUGAUCGUUGGGUUGGUGCGGAGGAAGCUAUCAGCAUACCUUUGGGUUCAAUCAUCAUGCCCGCCAUUUCGAGGCCACAUACCAGCGUUCUGAAUCUGCCUUUUUUGAACAUCGCGGAUGUAGGAGGGCCGUCCAUAUUCCAGGACGUAUUCAGCCAUCGACUUUACACCCUCAAUACUCUGCAAACACAAUCCUUCUGGAACGUAGUCUGUGCAAGGCAUAACUCCUUGCUUUGCGCACCUGCUGCAAGCGGUAAAACCACCCUCGCGGAGAUGGCAAUCUGGUUCGAUCUUCUGAGAUCAACGGAAGGCUGGAUCCUGGUGGUGCUACCUACCAAGGUCGCAGCUAUUGAAAUGCUGUCCGAGCUCCAGCAUGGCUCACGAUUAUCUGGCAUCCCAGUUCAAUCGACGCUCACUAAGCACCAUAUCCUUUCCUCCACUUCAUCUAGAACUAUUCGAGUCGUCACCGCGAAAGAGUUGUUUGAUGCUAUAUCAACUAGGAUCCCCAACGUCAGCGGCCUCCGUCUUGUUGUGUGCGAUGGGCUCGAACAACUCGACCCGACGUUUGAACUUGCCAUCUCGUUGUUGCGAAUUGCAACGCAAACCUCUCCUACGCGGUUCAUUGGCAUGUCAUCCUCUCUUACCGAUCCCGAGAGUUUGGCUAUGUGGUUAGACGUCGGAGAAUUCGGAACAACGAGCUUUAAGCCCCAGGACCGCGAUCAGUCAUUGGUCACUUCUAGACAAACAUUUUCUAUUCCCCAUUCAGCAUCUCUAUUCAAGGCGAUGGCCCGUCCAGCCCAUCGAGCUAUUCAGGAUGCUCACAGCGGCGGUUCUGCACUAGUUUUUGUUCCUUCUCGCGGCCAGUGCCGAGCAAUCGCGCAGGACAUCAUCACGAGGUGCACUCUGGAGGAGGAACAUGGCCGAGGUUAUGUCCCGGACGUCAUAUCGGGUGUCGUGCUUGAGGACUAUUGCAGCAGACUCCAAGAUUCCACCUUAAUGGACUUCGUCUCGAAGGGUGUAGGUUUCUUCCAUUCGGGAAUUGGAAGGGAAGACCGCGGCCUGAUGAUAUCUAUGUUUACGGAUGGUAUCAUCCGCGUGAUGGUUGUCCCGAAGGAUUCAUGCUGGAGCGUCCCUGUGAGGGCGAGGACGGUUAUUGUGAUGGGCACGCAGUACGUGCAUAUCGAAGAGCAAGGUGCUUCGCGGCAGGUUCGCGACUACAGCUUGGCUGAAGUUGUCAGAAUGCAAAGCAGAGCUAUUCAACAAUCUGACACUGGCCAUUUCCACCUCUUUUGCCAAGCAGAGGCACAAGAAACCUACUCCAAAUUCCUCAAGGACGGUCUUCCUCUCGAAUCACAACUCCAUGAAAGUCGGGUUCUCAGCGACUGGCUCAAAUCGACCAUUCCAGAAAACUUGGAUAAACAGCGGAUCAUCGACCUCCUGUCGUUCACGUUCCUCGCUCAAAGAGUGGCCACAAACCCAUCGUACUAUGGAUAUACAUCUGGCAAUCAAGUAGAAAAUCUGUCUGCUGCAGUGGACCGACUAGUAGAGGAUAUCCAGGGAAAGGUACCGUAG